CCAGGCUCAACUUUGGUCAAAAUGGCCGACGCUAGUCUAGGACUAUCGAUGGAGGAAAGAAAAGCGGUGGAGGAGAGAGCCGUAAUUCGAAAUGAGAUCAGGAGAGAUUAUCAAAGGAAAAUUAACAACCCUAAGGCGAAAGGGAUGUUGAUGGACCCGGCUGUUGUCCGAUGGAACCAUGCAAGGCACAGCUCUUAUCGCUUCUUCAAAGCCACCCCAAAGACCACCUUCUUGGGGAUAAUGUGGGGACUUGCACCGCCAUUGGGCUUAAUGUAUCUCUUCUCCAAAUACAAGAAUUAUGAGAUACGCAUGUUUAAAGAAGGAACCUGGAAGAAACCCAGAUCACUAAUGAGAUGUUAAGUAGUCGGCUCUUCCCUUUCCAGUGGGUUGCAGUGUCUAUUGUUGGAACAGCUAAAGAAGAGGAUCAGCAGUUUAUGGCAUUGCAUUUACAAAUAGUUAAAGGAACAUUACAGAGUUGGUUUUGCGGACAAAACAGUUGCUGGCAGUGUAAGCACUUUAUGUAAUCCAC